UCCCAAAUACCGAACCUCUCUCUCUCUCUCUCUCUCACCAAAUGACUCUCAGACUUUUCCCAAAGAUAUCAAAAUUCCCCACAUCCGUGAUCGCCGCCUUCGCAAUGCCGCUUAUCACCCUCGUCAUUGCUGCCGCUGCUGCCGGCCCACCACCUUCGAGCUGCACCCAGGAGCUAGUUCUUUUCUCCCCAUGCUUGCCCUACAUCUCGUCUCCGCCAAACAACCUCUCCGGCACGCCCUCCGAAAACUGUUGCAACGCCUUCUCAUCGUCUUUAAACUCUAGCAACAAUGGAAUUUGCCUCUGCUACCUUGUCCGGGAGUCAUCCAUUCUGGGGUUUCCGGUCAAUGGCACCAGGGUGCUCUCUCUACCUUUGGUCUGUCCGCUACCGAAAGAGGACAGUUCUAACAGGACUGGAUCUUUGGAGUCACUUUGCUCAGGGUCACCGGCAUUGCCUCCUCUCCGGAGCCCAACAAGUUCAGGGCAUACAAAUCCUUCCGGUUCAGAUACUAAUAAUGUUACAUCUCCACUGGAGCCUGGGAAGAAUUCAUCCGCAACACCAAGCUCACCACCCGAGUUUGCUAAGGCAACACCCCCAGCAAGGAACUCGGCUGUAGAACCGGAUUCAAGUUCAUCAGCCACAGAACCACUCUCCAGCAGCUACAGCUGGUUUCCAUCUGGUGUACUAAUUUCCCUUGUUCAUACCUCUACUCAUCUAUACUAAUCGUACAUCUUAUGUUUAGCUUUUCCCACAUAUUGGCAUUAAAAAGAUUGUAGGCAAAAGUUCGUGUUGUUGCCUAUACCCAAUACCCAGGUCAUCAAGCUAGUUAGCAUAAGUACUUCUUUCACUCCUUAAAUGUACGUCAACAAUUAAUAGGGAUAUUCCAGCUCUAUCUUUAGAUAUACUGGUGGAAUUUUGGCCACAAAAAAUUUGUCUUUCAGAAUCCAUACAAACAAUAAUAUCUUAGAAGUCCACCUACUUUUGUUUUUGCACCACAAUCUGAGCACGCGGUAGCAUGCUGGGCUUUAAAACAAAGUGAUGCUUCUCGUAGCAAAGAAAAAAAUUUAUCAACUUUCAAAGAUGCAACUCUGAACUAAAUGAAAGUCUUGAUCUUACCAGGCAUUUCUGCAUGUUAACCAUGGCUUCACGGCAUACAAAAAGCAAUAUAUGUCUUAGCCUAACAUUGAUGAUUGUAUGAUAUAUGCAAGACCACUUCUACAAAGAUAUAAGAUAGUCCCGGUGUGCAGCGGUAAAAAAGGCAUGCCAGUUGCUUUCUCA